AUGGCCACACUCCGCUCUUCGAGUCGAAUCUUGGGCUCCUCGGCCGUCAGGACCGCCGCCCUGCGGCCCGGCGCCGUCUUCGCUCGCUCCAUGGCCACGGUCGGCGAGACGCCAGUCGAGCAGCAGCCGCGGCUCAAGACGUUCCAGCUCUACCGAUGGAACCCCGACACGCCCAGCGAGAAGCCGCGGAUGCAAUCGUACACGCUCGACCUCAACAAGACGGGACCCAUGGUCCUCGAUGCCCUCGUCCGCAUCAAGAACGAGCUUGACCCUACCGUUACCUUCCGACGGAGUUGCCGCGAGGGUAUCUGCGGCUCAUGCGCCAUGAACAUCAACGGCCAAAACACCCUGGCCUGCUUGUGUCGAAUUCCCACCGAGUCCGCGGCCGAGGUCAAGGUGUACCCGCUGCCUCACACCUACGUUGUCAAGGACCUCGUCCCCGACUUGACGCACUUUUACAAGCAGUACAAGUCGAUCAAGCCCUAUCUCCAGCGCGACACCCCCUCGCCCGACGGCAAGGAAUACCGCCAGAGCAAGGAGGAUCGCAAGAAGCUGGAUGGCCUGUACGAGUGCAUCCUGUGCGCCUGCUGCUCGACGUCCUGCCCCUCGUACUGGUGGAACGCGGAAGAGUAUCUCGGCCCCGCCAUCCUGCUGCAGUCGUACAGGUGGUUGGUCGACUCCCGAGACGAGCGCAAGGGGGAGCGCAAGAACAACCUGGAGAACAGCAUGAGCCUGUACCGAUGCCACACCAUUCUCAACUGCACGCGCGCCUGCCCCAAGGGCCUGAACCCGGGCAAGGCCAUCGCCGAGAUCAAGAAGCAGAUGGCUCUCGGUUCAUAG